AUGCGCUUCACUCGCAUCUUCCUCCCCCUUCUUGCGGCUCCCGUGGCUCUGGCCGUUGCCGCUCCUGAACCCAACCCCGUCGCCGCUCCCGCUCCAGCCAGUACCUCUGGGCUUCUCAGCACAAUCACCGAGCUCGAGGGCCUACUCACUGAUGAAAAUAUCAGCAACCUCCAGAUUAUCAUCACCAAUGCUGCCAAGGUUCUUUCGGAUGACAAUACCGCUUUACUGCAAACACUUUUGACCAACGCUGGCUCGUUGUUGACCACGGCGUUUGUGGAUAACACUACGACCUUGAUUGGAGAUGCCACACCGCUUAUCGAGGAUGUCUCGAAACUACUUGGAUCUCUUCUUGGGUCACUUUAA